UAAAUUGCCAUUCAAGACACAGAUCUAAAUCUCACUUACCCUCCAGUGUCUCAUGAAUAAUAAAAUGACAAAAAAAAAUAUCAUUAUUAACCUCUCUUGUGACUAUGUAGAAUAACAUUACUAACUUAUUUUCAAUUAUGAAGCUCAGUGAGGACCAUUUCUGAAGGGGAAUCAUACAUGCAGCAGAUGAAGCAAUGGUCCCCAAUUUGGAUCAGAGCUACAUUCCAAGACCAAAUUUAACACUUUCAUUUUCACACCACAAAAUGGAAAAGCAAAAUUAAUUAGAAAAAAAAGUAUUAUGAUAUGUUUCUCUUCUCUUUAGUUACUCCUACUUGUGUCGUAACUAUUUCACGCCCAUAUCUCAAUCGUUGAUUUGAUAUUAAACGGUUCAAUUUUACUUUUUUUGUUAACAAUCAGUUCAAUUUUUAAACCCAAUUUUAAUUAAUAUAAUUUGUCUUAAUCGUUGAUUUGAGAUCAUACCUCCUACAAUAUAACAGCAGGAAAUCCAGUUCAAACCACAAUGACUCCUAAUUAAGGAAAUAGUUUCUAGCAUUCAUGUGGUUAUAGAUAUGGAUUGUCUGAUCUGAUCCAACGGUCAAUAUUUUAAAAUAUAAUUAAAGCAUAUUUUAUAAAUCGUUCAAUCUCAAUCUAACGGUCGAGAUUGUUUGAAUGUGAGCUUCUAUAACUUCACACAACCCCAUAACAAACUACUAGUAGUCAAGAAAGUUGAAAACCAGAACCCCAAAAUAUCCUUACAAAGAAGGAAAAAAAACCAACAAAUUUUUUAGCACAAAACUUCAAACGUUACACAAAAACACUAAAAUUUCCACAAACAGAACCAUGAAACGCCGUUUUCUCGAAACAGAGAUGAGUAUGCCACCAUCAUACAACAACAACAACACAAACGAUUCAUUCAUCAACGUCGAAAACUUCGACACAAACAUGGUGAUUAUAUUAGCAGCACUCUUAUGCGCAUUGAUAUGCGCUCUAGGAUUAAACACCAUAGCCCGCUGCGCGAUGCGAUGCAACAGAGGAUUCUCCGAAGAGACACCGGAACAAGCAACAGCAAGGUUGAACAAAACAGGGCUGAAAAAGGCAGAACUGAGUGAAAUUCCGGUAACAGUUUACCAUACCAGAGAGAAUAUUCCGGCAACAGAGUGUCCCAUUUGUUUAGGGGAGUUUGAGAAUGGAGACAGAAUUCGAAUGUUGCCAAAAUGUAAUCACGAGUUUCAUGUUAUGUGUAUUGACACGUGGUUGGUGUCACAUUCUUCAUGUCCCAAUUGUCGAAAUUCACUUCUUGUUGAGAGAGAAUCCAAUGUUGUUUGUUCUGAUGAUGGUGUUGUCGUAGAUGGGUUGCCGGAAAAUGUUGCGGCGGUGAUUGUUGAAGUGGAAGCAAGUUGAACAUGUGAAAAGGAUGAUGAUGAUGAUGAGGUUUUGGUGUAUGGUGGUUGUGAAAUUUAAUGGUAGUAGUUAGUAGUAGUAAUCAGGUAGUUCAUGAAUAUUAUUAUGUGACCAACCUUAUUUUUUUUUUAAUGAAAAAGAAAAUAUUGUGUUUGUGUUGCACAUUAUAUGCUGAUAAAAUUAUUGUCCUUUUUAUUUAA